CUAUAAAAGCCGGAUGGACAUUGGGACUAUCAUCAAAAUUGCUCUACAUAUCCCAAGAUGCAGUUGUUUACUGCGAUUCUAGUGCUAAUCCUCGCCAGCUCUGUUCACGGUAGACCCACUUUCGGUAAGAUUGCGGAGCUUCUGUUCGGGGGCACAAAUCAUUAUCCGCCAGCAAGGCCAGUUGAGCCUCAGCCACAUCCUGGACCAGGUCCACUCAUCCAGGAGGGCUACGAGCAUGGCUACGACUAUCACUAUGGUGGAGGCUACGGCUACGGUGGCUACCAGCAGCCGCAUCCAGCUGGCUAUGGCUACUACCCACCACGUCCGGUUCCGUUAGGAGAUGACUACUAUCCACCACCUCGGCCAGUGCGUCCUUCACCUGGAUACUACUCUCAGCCGUCUCAUCCUGCCAGUGCCUACUAUCAGCAGAAGGAUCCGGAUCUCUAUGGAGUUGGACUUGGCUACAAGCAGCGGGGUUACUAGCGUUCAUUCGCCAGAUCCACCAGUCCCAUCCAAUCAUCUGCCGUCUCAUUUGUUUAUGUGUAAUUUAUUAAAAUUUCGUUAAUUUCCAACAA